AUACCGCCUGACCCCAUUCCAGACCGCAGAGGCAAACUGAAAACAAUCACUGGAUACUCAAGGAAUCGUUUGGAGCUAUACUUUUAUUUUAGGCAGAGGAUUUACUAUUUCUUUUUUACAAUGAAAUGCGGCAUGGAUUUAUUUCUAGUGACAUUUAUCGUGAACGCGAACUGUUGUGCUGCUAUAUAUUGGCUUGGACUUACUGUAAAGGGGAGCUCUGUAGGCUGGAAUCAAACUCAUCAUUGCAAACUACUAGAUUGGUUGGCACCUGAUCAAUCGCAACUUUGCCGGAGAAACCUCGAGCUGAUGCACAGUAUUGUCCAAGCCGCCAAGUUGACCAAAAAUACCUGUCAGAACACCUUCAAUGACAUGCGAUGGAACUGUUCAUCUGUUGAAAAAGCCCCUCGUUUUACACCAGAUUUGGCAAAAGGCACCAGGGAGUCCGCAUUUGUGUUUUCGCUAGCGGCUGCUUUAGUGAGUCACUCCAUUGCCAGAGCCUGCUCGUCUGGAGAGCUCCCCAGUUGCUCGUGCGCCCCAGCCCCUGCUGAACAGGCCGGGCCCGACUUCAUAUGGGGAGGAUGCGGUGAUAACCUGCGCUACGGUCUCCAAAUGGGAUCUGCCUUUUCUGAUGCACCGAUGAGAAACAGCAGAACUGGCUCUCAGGCGUUCAGACUCAUGCACUUGCACAACAAUGCAGUUGGAAGACAGGCACUUAUUGAUGCUCAAGAGACAAAAUGCAAAUGCCACGGGGUGUCCGGGUCCUGCUCUGUCAAAACAUGUUGGAAGGGCCUCCAUGAUAUUAACCACAUUGCCAUGGAUCUCAAAUCCAAGUACCUGUCUGCCACGAAGGUGAUCCAUCGUCAUGUUGGGACAAGGAAGCAGUUGGUCCCCAGAGAGUUGAACGUUCGACCAGUGAGAGAGAGUGAGUUGGUCUACCUGGUCAGCUCUCCGGAUUACUGCACACACAAUGAGAAGCAUGGCUCACUCGGCACACAGGACAGACAAUGCAAUAAGACAUCCAAUGACAGUGGGAGUUGCAAUCUCAUGUGCUGUGGUCGUGGCUACAAUGCCUACACUGAGAGGAUUGUGGAGAGAUGCCAGUGCAAGUACCACUGGUGCUGCUAUGUCACCUGCAAGAGGUGCGAAAGGACAGUGGAGAGAUAUAUAUGCAAAUGAACUUUCCCAGAGACAUGUGAGUGAACAUGAAGCACUAUUUUCACCACCAUCAUCUUGUCGAGUCGUGCAGACCCAGCAGUCACCUGACCUAACUCCUGUGUGCCUCUGUGCUACUACAUAGCCUACAGGCUAAGUGCAAUGAAAAACAAGAAGAGCAACUCACAGACACUACCAAAGAUAAACAGAUGAUCUGGACUCCGUUAGCUGUUUUAAAGAGACUGGAGGGCACUACUGUGAAGAAGAUUGUGUUACUUGAAGAGCAAAUGUGAUUGAUUGGGAGCUGUAGGCUAUUUGAGUUUGAUUAGUAAAAUGUUCCGCAAUAGGACAAGUUGAAUAGAUGACAAAGUAAGUGAAUCACAACAAAGACUUCCCAGAAGCUUCCCCAAAUGCGAAUUGGCCAGUCAGCUUUAAGAUUUCCAACUGAUAAUGAAAAGCUUUUAACAAUUUUACAUCUUACACGUUAACGAAAUUGCAAAUAAGAGGCAGAAUAGCUGAUUGAUCCUAUGUCCAUUUUAGUCACACAGGGUUAAUGCCAUACUACUCAGUUUAGGGAUAUUCUGAUCAUAGGCAUGCAGCACAUAUUAUCAACAGUUUGAGUUGUAUUUUUCGUUGUUUAUGAUUAUAUUGGGCAUGUUGAUGUACAGUUGAAGUUGGACGUUUACAUACACUUAGGUUGGAGUCAUUAAAAAAUCAUUUUUCAACAACUCCACAGAUUUCUUGUUAACAAACUAUAGUUUUGGCAAGUUGGU